AUGGCUACCGCUGGGCUUUUACAAUAUGCCAGCUCUGCGCUGCCUCAGACGAGGGACCGCGAUCGCUCUACCUCGCGUCCAGGUCGCCCAGGCCGUCCCGCUCACCGCAACAUCCAGAUCCAACCGACUCUGCGCACGAUUAACGAGAUCAUCCAGGCGCUGCGCGAGCGACCACUCCCCGACCUGGACAGCACGCGAAGCGUCACCGCCGUCGAACCCCUCCUUUACCUCCCUCCGAUUCUCUCGCUCUUCCCAGCCUCCUUCGUCGACAGCCGGUCGCUCGUCACCAGCACCAACGUACAGUACACCAACUCCCGCCUACCCGCUGUCGACCCCGUCACUCUCGCCUUCCACCGCGCCCUGCACGCCUUCCGCCCACUCACGCCACUCUACGCUGUCGUACCCUACGCUGAAGCGUUCAAUUGGUCCGAGAUCGUCCUCAAAGACGACGAGCAGGGCACGGUGCGGGCAGCGGAGCGGGAGUGGUAUGUUGUCGCUUUCAGGAGUCGGAGAAGGAGAGGAUUGAGUGAGGAAGAGGCGGAGAGGCUGUACAAGGCGGACAGGGCGGCACACGAGGAGGCUGUCGCACGCAAGAUCCUUAUGUACUGGUUCGGCGCACCCUUCCCCUCCGCCUCGGAGCAGAACGACGCACCCAUCGACGACGACCUUGUCGGCGUCAAUCUCGCGACGUGUAUCUGGAACUCGCGGCGAGACGCUAUCGAGGCAAUGAGGGGGGAGAAGCAUCGCGAGGCGGCGAAGCUGGCGAGCACGACGUACGAGACGUACCAGCUCGAACGGUACAUCAUUCGGAAGGAGCGGGGAGAGUUGGGCAUCUCGGUGCGGGAUUGGCACGGCGGAGAGGUGGUUGGCGCAUCGUAG